CUGUGUCACAUCAAUUAUAUGCUAACCCUGAACGACACUUUGAAGUUAGAGCGGCUGGUAUUGCAUAUAUGAGAGAUAAUCCUGAGAGAUUCAUUGAAAGUAAUACUGAAAUCUCUUGGUUAGAAUACCUUAAUAAUAUGUCUAUGCAAGGGACAUGGGGCGACGCUAUGAUAAUACAAGCUGUGGCUGAUCAGCUUAAGUUAAAAAUUACUAUUGCAGAAACACAUGAAGGGUUUCGUGAGUACAGUAUAAUACAACCUGUAUCAUCAACACAGCAACUAACGCAUGUCUAUUUGGGUCAUAUAGAUGAGUAUCACUAUGUAUCAACAUUACCGUGUACUUCAAUGUCAGAUUGUGUUGAGAUAUAUCCUGAACAGUCAACCCAGAGCUCUCAGCCUAAGCAAACAAGAACACAGUAUAUGAACAAACUCAUGAAACAAAAACGAGCUAAUGAGACACAGAGCCCUGAGGCUAAGGAAAAGAGAAGAGUUUAUGCAAAGGAAUAUAGGAAACGUAAACGGGCCAGUGAGAGUUCCCAGUCCUCGACACUGAGCAUUGAGGCUAAGCAAAAGAAAAGACUGUACGCAAAGGCAUAUAGGAAACGUAAACAGGUCAGUGAGAGUUCCAAGCCCUCAACACUGAGCACUGAGGCUAAGCAAAAGAAAAGACUGUAUGCAAAGGAAUAUAGGAAAUGUAAACAGGUCAGCGAGAGUUCUCAACACUGAGCAUUGAGGCUAAGCAAAAGAAAAGACUGCACGCAAAGGAUUAUAGGAAACAAAAACGUUGUGAGAUUGAAUCACUACAAAGUUUAAUAUCCCAAUUUCAUGAUGUUGUCUCACAAGGUCCUCUUUAUAUUUGCACUUGUUGUGACCAAUUAUGGUACAAGCAUAGUGUCAUUCCAGUCACGACACUUAAAGCAAAUAAUCCUGAUGUUCAAAAAAGAUUGUUAAAUAGAAAAAGCGUUAAUAAUGUGGAGUGGUUGUGUAAAACCUGUAAUAAGCAUUUAAAAAACAAUAAGGUGCCUCCUUGUGCUGCCAUAAAUGGGCUGCAGUUUCCAGAAAAACCUUCGUUUUUCGAUCUAAAUGAAUUAGAGUGUAGAUUGCUUGCUCCAAGACUUGCAUUUCAAAAAUUAAUGCAAGCUCCUAGAGGUAGACAACUAAAAAUAAAUGGAAACAUUGUUAAUGUUCCAGCAGAUGUUGUUAAUACUGUUAACAUGUUGCCAAGGUUUCCAAAUGAGACCAGCACAAUUAAAGUUAACCUUAAGAGAAGAUUGCAAUACAAAAGUUCAGCUUUAUCACUAAAUGUCAGACCAAAUAAAGUAGCAGAAGCUGCCAAAUGGCUUGUAAAUAAUGGUAACCUUUAUAAAGAUGAAGGUAUAACUUUCAAUGACACUUGGCUUCAAGAUAAUUCAAAUACUCAAAUGCUAUUUGAUGAUAGUGACAAUGAUCAAACCUCAGAGGGUUUAGAAAAUGUUGUGGACUGUAAUGUAGAAAGCUUGAAUUGUGAUACAGAAUGUAAAACCCAGCAAUCAUUAGCAUGUGAUGAUGAUGAACACUGGAGUGAAGAUGAGGCAGAAAUACCUGCUGGAAUCACUGACACUAUGACCGAAGGGCUGCAAUGUGUGUGGAAAAUAUUUUCUUUAAAACAAAGAAAUUGCAAAUGAAGAUUUUGCUUGGGCAAUCACAAGUUGCAUUGAGAAAAUGUCAACAAAAUAGUAACACAAUCACUGCCGGUCAACUAAAACAACCGGGUGCAUUAGAUAACAUGAUUCAUCACGAUCAAGGAUUUAAAUUUCUUAGAGCUGUAAGGGGUUCACCUCCAUAUUUUGAAAAAGCUAAAAAGGAUAUAUUUGCAAUGAUCAGGCAGCUAGGAUCUGCUUCAUUAUUUUGUAGUUUUUCUUCAGCGGAAACACAAUGGACUCAUUUACUGAGAAUACUUGGUAAACUUGUUAAUAACAAAACAUACACUGACACUGAACUUGAGAACCUCAAUUGGGAAGAGAAAAGUAGGUUAAUUCAAAGUGAUCCUAUGACAUGUGCCAGGCAUUUUGAUCAUCAAGUACACAAGUUUUUUUGCAAAACUUUCUUUUAAUUAAGUAGUGCUGCACCUCUAGGAAAAAUUGUAGAUUGGUUCAAUAGGUGAAUAUCAACAAAGAGGAUCACCUCAUAUUCACAUGUUAAUAUGGCUAGAAAAAAUGCUCCUAUGUUCGGAGAAGACUCUGACUGUGAUGUUGUUUCAUUCAUUGAUAAGAUAUCACAUGUGAAAAGCCAGCUGAGAAUCCAGAUUUACUUGCACUUGUAAACAGGCAAGUUCAUCGCCAUUCUCACACAUGUCGAAAGAAAUCCAAAAGUGUGUAUCGUUUUAAUUAUCCACAGCCACCUAUGAGGUCAAACAAAAUUCUAUAUCCAUUAGAUAUUGAUAUGGAUGAUAAUGAAGUUGAUCAACAUAAAGAUACUGGAAAAGAAAGAGGGUGA